CGAUGUGUUGCUACAUAUCGCCGGCCGAAUCUUUUGACGCACUCACGUGAUCACGUUUUUGUGAUCCCGUGACCUUAUGACAACUUCCGGUUGCAGCCGUCGGUGUAAAAAAAAAAAAAAAAAGUAAAGUCAAAUCGACGUUUGGCGAAGGGGUGCGAGAAAUACGAAGCGUUUCGCCGUUAAUUUAAUAGCUCCGUUACAGUUAAUAAUCGUGCUCACAGGUUUAGCCUCCGUGCGACUGCAGACAUGGCAGACAACGAGCAGAAGGCGAUGCAGUUAGUGGCGGACGCCGAAAAAAAGCUCAAAUCGACCCAGGGAUUCUUCGGAUCGCUGUUUGGGAGUUCCUCGUCGAGGGUGGAGGAGGCAUGUGAAAUGUACGCCCGAGCGGCCAACAUGUUCAAGAUGGCCAAAAAGUGGAGCGCGGCCGGCAGCGCUUUCUGUGAGGCCGCCAGCCUGCACCUGAAGAACGGCAGUCGCCACGACGGGGCCACUUGUUACGUGGACGCCGGAACUUGCUACAAGAAGUCCGACCCCGCGGAGGCCGUCAACUGUCUCCUCAAGGCCAUUGAGAUCUACACAGAUAUGGGUCGUUUCACCAUAGCUGCCAAGCACCACAUGACAAUCGCAGAAAUUUACGAGCAAGAGGUGGUGGACAUUGAAAAGGCGAUGACCCACUACGAGCAGGCGGCUGACUACUUCAAAGGAGAGGAAUCCACCAGUUCGGCCAACAAGUGCAUGCUGAACGUGGCCCGCUACGCAGCCCAGCUGGAACAGUAUGAGAAGGCGAUAGACAUCUACGAGCAGGUGGCCUCUUCUUCGCUGGAGAAUGCGCUGCUCAAGUACAGCUCGAAGGAGUACUUCUUCCGCGCUGCACUUUGUCACAUGUGCGUCGACCUGCUCAACGCCCAGCAUGCUCUGAACAAGUACGAAGAGCUGUGCCCCUCCUUUGCGGACACCCGGGAAUACAAGUUGGUGAAGGCGCUGAUCAACAAGCUGGAAGACCAGGACGUGGACGGCUUCACAGACACGGUCAAGGAGUACGACUCUAUCUCGCGGCUGGACCAGUGGUACACCAACAUCCUGCUGCGCAUCAAGAAGUCCCUCCAGGAGACGCCAGACCUACGCUAAGGGAGAAAAAAGCAUUGAGGGCGCCCUUCGGGUCUUCUUUCUUUCUUUGGUUCGAGCCCGGUUCGUUUCCGUCUCGCGUGUUGCCCUCGAAAGCGGCGGUGGCGGCAGUCUAUGUUUGUCCGACGUGGUCGUCGCUCGUUUGACGCGGUUGUCGCUCAACCACGUCGCAGCUGAUGCAACGUGGUUGCAUUGCCUGCAGCUCGUUUGCUCUUGCAUUGCCUCGAUUUACGAUGCCGUCACGUUGCUUCUUCUGGGAACCAUUUUUUUUUUCCCCUUCCCAUUUCAACUGUUGUGCGGUAACAGAUCUGAGUCCGGAAUGUAUACAGAGAGGCGUAAACGGGCAAAACUUACGUUUAAUGCGAGGGAUCCGAAUUCUUUUGUUGCGUCGGUUUUGGGUCUUUGGUCUAAGCGACGGUCUGUUGUUUUGGUUUUUCCUGGCUCCACGUGCAAGCAUCCCAGACGUUUUUUUGUUGUUGUUGUAAAACAAUGUCCAACCGUAAUAAACGAGCUAACCUCGAAAGCCUAUUUCGGCGGGUGGCUUGCCCGUCUGAAAUUUCGAAGGGCUUCGAGUGAAGUGAGAAACAAUUGCGAUCGUUUUUAAGCCGACUGUUUACUGGUUAAAACUGUGGGGCAUUUGUCUGACGUGGGUUAAUUAACGCAUUGGGAUUUUGUUGGGUGGACGUAUUCACCGAAACACACUUUCGAGGAAUAUUUCGGGUCGACGUGUUGAUUGUAUAGGGAUGAUGCGACGUCGCAAUACCCGAACAUUCGCGGUAUGCGACAUCACAUUUUGCGCAAUUAGAUUGGGGAAGAGAUGUUUGAGACAGGCUAGAUGAUAAAUGUGUACAUAAGGAAGGAUACCGCUGAGAUACAUUGUUUUCCAAGAUUUGUGCAAGCUUACGAGUCUUCAUUACUUGCUCUCGAGUUUCAUGGUACCUUGGCCGGCAGUUCUCGAUUACUUGCCGACAAGAAAAGGUGCUUCUUAAACAUGCAUUGCAGCACGCAUGUCUCUAAUGUUGCAGCACGCAUUUCUUUUGGAUGCAUAUGAUCGGUAUGCACAUGCUAGUUUUGGCUGUGCGAGGAUACUCAACCAAAAGUCCACAUGAGGGAAGCUACCCACAACAGAACUCUUGUAUAGUAGCUACCCAUCUAACAAAAAUAUGGGCAUCAUGAUUCAAAUAUGUGGUUAAUUAGGUGCUAAUAUAUUGAUAUAUGUCGAUAUGGUGAGAAGUUUGUGCAAAACAAAAUAUAUAAAGACACUUCAGGCUUUCAGUUUAAAAUUUUUGUUCCAUGUUAGUGUUUUAGAUUAGGCUCUCAGUCACGGCAAAGAGACCUUUCUUAGUAUUUUGAGGCAAAAAAAAAAAAAAAAAAAGAUUAGAAUAAAAUUGGAUGCCAGUGGGAGGGUGAAAUGUGACCGAAUUUACGACUCAUUUUCGUCAGACAGGCAGGCGGAACUUUGCCCGCGAGCUUCAGCAGCACGAAGGAUCUUUUCUGAACCAAAAGUCGACGACCGGAAUUGCUCGAAGAUUUACCAAGCUAUCAAAGUGUGCAGACAUUUGGACGAGUGUUUUGCACGGAAGCAAACGCCGGGAGGUCGAGGCCAAUGCCUGCACCGCCAGCGGGUCGACAUCUAUUGCGCACGCCCCUAUCAACAGGACUUCAGCAAAGCACCCUGUCGUUUGAAUCUUGUGCUUGAUAUAAAUGUUGCAGAUGGCUGGUUGACGAAGAAGUUGAGUGAAGUCCAAGUUCUGAUGUAUUCACUCUUUCAGAAUGAGCGUGUCUGUAAUUUACAUUACUGCCUCUCGUAAACGGAAAGCAAGGAAGCUUUUGUUAAAACUCCCUCUUUCCCAGAGACAAAGAUGGUCGAUAAAACCACAUUCACCGCUUUUGGGUGGGUUCGUCUGUGUCGCUUGCAAAAAAGAUCCGCAGAAUUGCCGCAUCAUUCUAAGUGUAUAUAUGUAAAAAAAAAAAAAAGCUAUACGAUUGUUGAUUGCUAUUGGGGUUACGGUUUUUUGCCACAUUAUUCGAGACUAUGCGCCGGCUCGCGACGUCCCAAAGGGCGUCAAUAGGGUGCCAUUGUUUCGAACGACGACCGAAAAAUCGUAACCCCCCACUAUUAUGCAGGUUGUGUAGGAAAAAAAAAAGUUUACUCCACUUUUUUUUUUUUCCCCUUCUGUUGGAGCAGACGGAAUUUUUGUGCAUGUUGGGUGCGAUUCUAUAGAUGUGAAAACGGUGGCCACCAUCGUGGCUACGGAGGCUAAUCGGGAUUAGCCGACCGGAUCGUUCGAUCGGGUGUCGAAGCUUCGAACUGGCACGCAAACACUUUUUUCUCUCUCGGAUAUUGCCGUGCACAUUCCAUGUCUUCAGACGGUCCCUCGGUCUUUACUUCAAGAGCUGUUUCUGGCUAGCUGGAGAAAUUAUUAUCCUCUCUGUGGCGAGCUGUGUCUAGUAGUGAUAGGCUUAUUGCGAGAAGAAACAAAUAAAAGUGUAUUUAUACUUAGGCUAUCCCCCCCCCCCCCCCUGUUCCCCCAAAAGUGCAUUAAAGGAUGUUAUCUCAAACUA